CAGUACGGGCUGUAGAGGGGGGCAGGCUAAACACGUUUAUCAAAAACAAUAACAGUGACAAUAUCUGUAUUAUAAAGUAUUUUGAAAAGAAAAUUAACGACUGUACACCCACCACCCCGAUUUUAAGGAAUAUUCCAUAGCUUCUAUGGAAAGAGAUUGUCACUACUGACGACGAGGUGUAGCUAGCGAGCUGUAUGUGAGAUUAGCUAGCUAGCCAAUUGUAGGUGGUGGGGGGUGUUGGUCAAAUAGGAAAUCUGUUUUUAAUACACGACUAGUUAGCUAACGUGAAACAAUGCACUGGAGCAAGUAGCAACUACGCCGACUUAAGUUAAUCUCCUCCUGCUGAAAUGGAAAUACCCAGCCCAGUGCUGCACAGGAAAUAAACCAGGACAACCUGUCACCUUCUGUCUGUCACCCUGGCAACGAUGGAUUCCCAGAGUGGGGAGGAGCCAAGCCCUGCCAGUAAAAUGUCUGGGCUCGUGCCUGGCUCCGCCCCCAGCCCGCAGAGUGAGGCAGUGACCAAUGAGAUGCAGGAGCUUUCGCUGCAGCCCGCCCCCAACUUGUUGCCCCUACGGGAGAGGAAGAACGUUCUCCAGCUCAAGCUCCAGCAGAGACGGACCCGCGAGGAGCUGGUCAGCCAGGGAAUCAUGCCACCGCUGAAAAGUCCAGCUGCCUUUCACGAACAGAGGAGGAGCCUGGAGCGAGCACGGACGGAAGACUAUCUGAAGAGGAAGAUCAGAAGUCGGCCGGAGAGGUCAGAGCUGGUGAGGAUGCACAUUCUCGAAGAGACGUCGGCGGAGCCCUCCCUCCAGGCCAAACAGCUGCAGCUGAAACGAGCCCGUCUGGCCGACGACCUCAACGACAAGAUCUCCCACCGGCCCGGGCCGAUGGAGCUGAUCCACAAGAAUAUCCUGCCGGUCCACUGCAGCCUGAAGCAAGCGCUCAUGGAGACAGACUUCCCUAAGGUGGCGGGGGAGAGCUCCUCAUUCGACGAGGAUAGCAGCGACGCCCUCUCCCCAGACCAGCCGGCCAGUCAUGACUCGCCACUGGGCCCCGCCCCCUUGCCCUCGCCCCCCGACACACUCACCCACAGCAGCAACCCCUCACCCACACAGUUCCUCUCUCAGCCCCUGCCUCCACCACCUCCCCCCACUUCUGCGCCUUCCCCGCCGCAGAAGCUGACCAAUGGAAUCGCGACACCCGCGGCUUCCAAGCCCACGCCGGCGCUGAUCAAGUCUCAGUCCAAGCCCGGCUCUGACCGGCCACCUCAGCGCACCAAGAAGCCCAAGGAGAGUAAGCCCAAGGUGAAGAAGCUCAAGUACCACCAGUACAUCCCCCCCGACCAGAAGGCGGAGCGAGAGCCGCCCCCCCAGCUGGACUCCACCUACGCCAAGAUCCUGCACCAGCAGCAGCUUUUCCUGCAGCUCCAGAUCAUCAACCAGCAGCAGCAGCACUACAACUACCACACCAUCCUGCCCGCCCCGCCCAAACCCCCAGCAGAUCAGCAGCCCUCUUCCAACACUGGCCCCUCUCCUUCUCGGACUGGCCCUACCCCUACACCAGCUUCCUCCAAUCAGAGUGGGCUAAACCGUCAGAUCCACACUCUGGCCAAACCUGGACCUUUGCCCCCGAAUCUGGAUGAGUUCAAGGUGGCGGAACUGAAACACGAGCUGAAGCUACGAGGUUUGCCCGUGUCGGGCACGAAGAAUGACCUAAUCGAGAGACUGAAGAACUUCCAGGAACAGAACGGAGGCGCUACAGCACCAGCGGCCACGUCGGUGGGCGGGGCUCCGAAAACCAACCAACCGCAGCAGCAGCAACAGCAGCAGUUAACCCAGCCUGCUGGCACCUCCCCCAUUUUGGGAGGAGCCACUGUUCUGCACCAACCAGGAGAAGGGGGCAUGGUGGUUGCAGCUUUCCCAUUUGUGGCCACAGUCGGGGCAGGCGGGGCCAGAACUGCAGCUCCACCCCCUGUAAUGCACUUUGGCAGCACAAGCUCCUCCCCACCUGCAUCUCCCACCCCCUCCGAUCGCUCGCUGGCUGGAAUGAGCCCGGAUGAGACAAGCUGUAAUGGAGAUGCGUUUGGGGAGAUGGUUAGCUCCCCUCUCACCCAGCUGAGCCUCCAUCCCUCCCCCCAGCACCCCGUCACGGUCAAAGAAGAGAGCCCGGGCCCCUCCGCCACCUGCCGCUUCUCACAGCACGCUCCGCGGGCGGCGGCGGUGGACAAGGACCAGAUGCUGCAGGAGAAGGACAAGCAGAUCGAGGAGCUGACGCGCAUGCUGCGGCAGAAGCAGCGGCUGGUGGAGACCCUGCGGCUGCAGCUGGAGCAGGGCAAGCGGGGCGAGGCGGGCGACGGGGCCGGUGCCGGGGUCAGGGUGAAGGAGGAGCCCCGCGAGGCCCCCGGGGACGCCCCCUCCUCCUGCUGCCACCUCCGGCCCUUCUCCCCCCCGGACCUCCUCAACGGGGACACCAUCAGGGUGACCGUCAAGCAGGAGGACGAGGACGAGGUGGAGGAGAUGCAGCCCGAGAUGGCGCAGGCCCCAGACCAGACACAGACGCAGCAGCAGGCGGCGCGGUCCGAGCAGCAGACGCAGCCGCCUGCGCAGUUCGAGCAGCUGCAGAUGCAGCAUCAGCAGCCGGUGCAGCUGCAACUGCUGCAGGACCUUCUCCUGCAGCAGAACAGCCAGAGGCACUUGGAGCAGCAGCAACAGCAGCAACAGCAAAAACACACGCAGCAGCAGCAGAAGAAGAAGAAGUCCCAGAAGCAGCAGCAGCAGCAGAAACAGGACCUGCAGUCGCAGCAGGUGUCCCAGGUGUUUCUCAACCAGCAGUUCGGCACUUCUGUCUCCGCCCCCUCCUUCUCAUUGGACCUCCUCAAGGCGCAGCCCACCCCGACCCUCCUGACGGACAGCAACGGCAACCAGUUCCUGAUCGCUCUGACCAAUCACAACACAGAUGGCCAGGGCAGUGGAGCCCCUGAGGGCAAAUCCAGUGGACACGCUAAACUGCAGAGGUUGAAGUCCACUCCCACCAAGUUUCCCAGCCAAUCACCACCUCAGCUGGCCAGUACUGAUAACCAGUCAAAACAACAGCUGCAGCCCAGCAUCACCGAUCAGCCAGUCAGAAAGGGACAAAAGGCGGGGCUGCAUGUGUCAACCAAUUGCUCAGAGGGGGCGGUUCUGUCUUUCUCUGCUCCACCCAAUCUCCAGCCGUUCUUUCUGAGUGAUGACUCUGCCCCCUCUGGAAACCAGGCCCCCUCCUCCCCUCCUCAUACGGUGGAGGUAUGUUCUGGGCUGGACCAGCACGCUCUGUUCGGCCCCCCCUCUCCACCCCCUAAAGAGACCUGCCCCUCCACGCAGCACGGCAAGGAGAACGGCUCUGCUCAGCACAUGGACGAUCUGUUCGACAUCCUGAUUCAGAGCGGAGAAAUCUCAGCCAGCUUCAAGGCAGACCCCGACCCCUCUCUGUCCCGCCUUCGCCCCAACACCCCUCCCCCUUCGCCCGCCCCCGCCUCCGCCGCCCCUGAGCCUGUGACUGUCCAGCAGCCACCAGGAGACGAGCCGCAGCCCCCGCCCCCCGGAGACCAGCACGGAACGGGCACGGGAAGCGGGCGUCUGGAGGACUUCCUGGAGAGCACCACCGGGAAGCCGCUGCUGGGGGUGGAGCCUGGCGGGCCGCUGACUUUGAUUGAUGACCUCCACAGCCAAAUGCUGAGCACUUCCAGUAUCUUGGACCAUCCCCCUUCCCCCAUGGACACUUGCGAGUUGAGCUUCACCCCGCACCACCCAGGACUGGAUUUCGGAGACCCCGCCCUGGACAGCAUGGACUGGUUGGACAUCACGAUGGGCGGGGGUGGCAGUACGGGGACGGGACUCGCCCCCCUCAGCUCCCACACACCCCCCAGCGUAUUCUCCGCUGACUUUUUGGACAGUUCUGACCUGCAGCUGCAUUGGGACUCCUGCUUAUAGCUGGGUGGACCUGCACUCUCCCUCACAAAACACGAAGGCUCUUAGUCCUCCUUUAUGGACGCACUUACUCAUAUAAAGCCUAGCUCCUCUCACACAGACACACCAUAAACUGGUCCUCUCACUUUGUCUCUCCCUCUCUCUCUUCCAUCACUGUCCCUGUCUCUCUGUAUCUCCCUCCCUCUCGUACACACCUGAGCGGUAAAUUCAGAUCUCCUCUCUCACAAAUACGCUGCACUUGAAUCCAGAGCUGUUGAUUUAGACCAGGCUUCACAAAGAAACGAUCACGUGCUCCUUCAGCUGGCCCUGUAACCAUAUAUAUAUAUAUAUAAUAUAUAAUAUAUAAUAUAUA